UCUUUAAACUCUGACGUAGGUCUACUGUCCUCAUGACAGAAGAAAAAUGGCCGCCUCCAUGCACGGCGCUGUGAAGGUUCUGUGUCGUUUAUCGCCAUCAAUUACUCUCCCGUUGCGUCAAUAUCAGUCAUGUCUGCAGAGGUUACCUGUGAGGUUACCUGUCAGACCAUGUCCAGGUGUACCUCCUUGUCGCUUCUAUAACAGCCCGGCCUCGCUGCAUGAUGAAGAAACUACUCAGGCUGCUGAGGCUCAGUCCCGGUACAAGGACAAACCCUGGGAAUACCUGGAGAGUGAAGAGUACACAGACAAGUAUGGAACCAGUCCAGUGUGGGCCGGGUACAGGAGGAACCACAAAGGAGGGAUCCCCCCACAGAAGACCCGCAAGACCUGCAUUAGAGGAGAUAAGGUCUGUGGGAACCCCUGCCCAAUAUGUCGGGAUCCGAAGGUUGUCAUCCAUCAUCAGAAUGUGAAGCUGCUGCAGCAGUUCAUCAGCCCUCACACUGGAGAGGUUUAUGAUCCCACCCGAACAGGUGUGUGUAUGAAGCAGCAGAAGAAGCUGACCGAGGCGAUCAACACGUCCAGAGAUCACGGUCUACUCCCCUUUCAGAUCCCAUACGUUGAGUUUUUAGAAGAAGAUUACUCCAACUCCCAUGAUGCAGUGGGCUCCACCCCCCCUGCUCCCUCCCUGAUGUCAGGUGACAGCUGGUACACCUGGUACGGUGACAUUACACCUGAUGAGGGGGAGGUGGCCAAAGUGAGGAAGACGUACAGAGCGUACCUGAAGUGAUGAAGAGGAGACGGGUGAUGCUGUGUGACAUCAUCACGUGUGUUACUCUGCUGUAUGUGCGUCAUGAUGUUCAUGUCGGUGUAAAUAAAGAAAUCUGCUCAUUAA